AUGCCCACAAGAGGAGUGGGGGGAACGGUGAGUAACCUUAGACCCGGACCCAAGCGACUGGAGCGCGGCAGGAGCCACCGCUACGCAUAUCUUUUCCCUGCUGAUGGAGAACUACGACGACAGUGGGUUAAUGCAGCGAAGAGAGAAAAAUGGACUCCAUCGAAACACAGUCGACUGUGCACGGUUCACUUCUGGGAGGAGGACCUAGACAGAACACUGCUAAGAGUGAAGAGGUCCGACGUUAAUCUAGACGAUGCAAAGAAUCUCCUUCAGAAGUGUUUAAAUACUGUGAGCCAACUGCGAGGAGAAUUCGACGAUGUCCUAGAUCAAGCCAGGAGGUUAGCUGCUAAGUGGAAUAUUGAUUCGUCAAUGACCUCCAAACAAUCUUUCAUCAUAAAUCUAGAAGCCGGCAGUAGUGAUGACGACAGUGGAAGUGACAGUGAACACUCUAGCCAUAGAGAAGACAGUGGCGGUGAAAUGAGUGGAGUGGAAGUGCUUGAAUAA